AUGUUUUCUCUUGUCGCUAUAGCUAUCGUGUUGGCACCAUCUCCUAUAGUUGACGCUGUACAGUACGAGCCUAACUGGGAUUCGCUAGACUCUCGACCCCUACCAAGCUGGUACGACGAGGGAAAGAUCGGAAUAUUUAUCCAUUGGGGAGUUUUCUCAGUUCCAAGUUUUAGCAGUGAAUGGUUUUGGUAUCACUGGCAAGGAGCUAAACAGUGGCCCUCCGUUAUUGAGUUUAUGAAGAAGAAUUACCCACCUAACUGGACAUAUGCAGACUUUGCUGAACAGUUCGAUCCGCCUACUGGAAUAUAUGACCCUCACCAUUGGGCAGAUAUUUUCAAUGCUUCGGGAGCCAGGUAUGUAGUCCAGGUGACAAAACACCAUGAAGGGUUCACAAGUUGGCCGUCCAAUUACUCAUUUAACUGGAAUGCCCAAGAUGUGGGUCCACAUCGAGAUCUUGUAGGUGACCUGGCAGUUGCUGUCCGUAGAUAUCCAAAUCUGAGAUAUGGUAUCUACCAUUCCUUGUUUGAGUGGUUCAACCCAGUUUAUCUGGAGGAUAAGAAAAACAAGUAUAAAACUCAGAAUUUUGUUUUCAACAAGUCUCUGCCUGAGCUGUACGAACUGGUGAACACUUACAAACCCGAUGUUAUCUGGUCUGAUGGCUGUCCUGGCAAGGACACUUACUGGAAUAGCACCCAUUUCCUGGCCUGGCUUUAUAAUGAAAGCCCUGUGAAAGAUACUGUCGUCACUAACGACAGAUGGGGUCGUAACGUUGUUUGCAAGCAUGGGGGAUUUUUAACCUGUACUGACCAGUUCAAUCCAGGUACAUUACAGAAACGUAAGUUUGAGAAUGCUAUGAAACUGGAUUACUCGUCCUGGGGGUAUCGUAGAGACAUGAAGCUGUCAGAUGUGAUUCCGAUACAAAACCUUCUUAGAAAAAUUGCCACAACAAUCAGUUGUAAUGGUAAUAUACUGAUCAAUGUUGGACCAACAAAAGAUGGAACAAUUGCUCCAAUAUUUGAGGAGAGACUGAGGCAGAUGGGGUCAUGGUUGCAGGUCAACGGUGAGGCUGUGUACAAGUCCAGACCAUGGACGUUUCAGAAUGACACUGUAACACCGGGUGUCUGGUAUACCCAAAGAACAAAUGAAACAACAACUUCAAACAAGAAUGUCUAUGCUUUUGUGUUUGACUGGCCUGCGGUUACCUUAGUACUCGGCUCACCUGUGCCAAGUUCAACUACCCAGGUAACCCUUCUAGGUUAUAAACGUCAGUUCAAGUUCAGCCAGAGGUCAGGAGGAGGGAUGAUCAUUAAUAUUCCAGCAAUUCCUUACAAAAAAAUCCCUUGUGAUUGGCUCUGGGUGUUUAAGAUUACCAAUCCUCAAAACUGA